CAAACCCUUUGCAGACACAAGGGAAGGCCCCAGGCUCCGCAGGAGAGACCCCACGGCGUCUGCACGAUGGGAAAACAGCCCAGCAGGAGCGGGGACGCUGCCAGCCAUGCCCCGGGGAGCUGGGCGCAGGGGCAGCUGAGGAUGGUGUCCAGCCUACGUCCUGCCCUCCUCCUCCUCCUGCAGGCGUUUCUCCUGUGGGACAGCCCGGUCGCAGCCUCCAUCCAGGAGCAGUACUGCGAGAGCCUGCCACCUGUCACCAACCUCACUGGUCCCCAGUGCAACGCCUCAGUGGACCUGAUCGGCACAUGCUGGCCCCGCAGUGCCGUGGGACAGCUGGUGGCUCGGCCCUGCCCCGAGUACUUCUAUGGCGUGCGGUACAACACCACCAAUAAUGGGUACAGGGAAUGCCUUGCGAACGGGAGCUGGGCAGCACGUGUCAACUACUCCCAGUGCCAGGAGAUCCUCAGUGAAGAGAAGAAGAGCAAGCUGCACUACCACAUUGCUGUCAUCAUCAACUACCUGGGCCACUGUGUUUCGCUGGGGGCCCUCCUCGUGGCCUUUGUCCUCUUCAUGCGCCUGCGGAGCAUCCGGUGCCUGAGAAACAUCAUCCACUGGAACCUGAUCACAGCCUUCAUCCUACGCAAUGCCACAUGGUUCGUGGUGCAGCUCACCAUGAACCCAGAGGUGCAUGAGAGCAACGUGGUUUGGUGCCGCUUGGUCACUGCUGCCUACAAUUACUUCCAUGUCACCAACUUUUUCUGGAUGUUCGUCGAGGGUUGCUACCUGCACACGGCCAUCGUGCUCACGUACUCCACGGACAAGCUCCGCAAGUGGAUGUUCAUCUGCAUCGGCUGGUGUAUUCCCUUUCCCAUCAUCGUGGCCUGGGCCAUUGGAAAGCUCUACUACGACAAUGAGAAGUGCUGGUUUGGGAAGCGAGCAGGUGUUUAUACUGACUACAUUUACCAAGGCCCCAUGAUCCUGGUGCUUCUGAUCAACUUCAUCUUUCUAUUCAACAUUGUCCGAAUCCUCAUGACAAAGCUCCGAGCUUCAACCACGUCAGAGACAAUCCAGUACAGGAAAGCAGUCAAGGCCACACUGGUGCUGCUGCCCUUGCUGGGGAUCACCUACAUGCUGUUCUUUGUCAACCCUGGGGAGGAUGAGAUCUCCAGGAUAGUCUUCAUCUACUUCAACUCCUUUCUGGAGUCUUUCCAGGGCUUCUUCGUCUCUGUCUUCUACUGCUUCCUGAACAGCGAGGUGCGAUCGGCCGUGCGGAAGCGCUGGCACCGGUGGCAGGACAAGCACUCCAUCCGUGCCCGUGUGGCAAGGGCCAUGUCCAUCCCCACCUCCCCCACGCGUGUCAGCUUCCACAGCAUCAAGCAAUCCACGGCUGUCUGAGCCAGGAGUGAGAGGCUGACCGGGAGCUGACAUCCCCACUGCUAUGGGGAGCCCCUGGAGGGGGGCACGGCACAGGAGUAGGCCCCAGCCCCCCAAGAAGAGCAUGAACUCACUCGGUCAUGGGACACCUGCACAGCUCCUGCCCCAUGUGCUGGGCAGGCCUGGAGGACAGGACCGGACAGCCGAGGUGCUGCUUUGUCAUCUCCCUGGCAGCUGUGUGACCUGCUGGUAUGGCAGAAACAGCCAGAAGGACCUGGAGAGGUUGCAGCAGCUCUCUGCCAGCUCCAUCCUGGGCAUAAUGUCUCGGGGUUUGGGCAUGAUUUAUCAGGUUUGCCU